AGCUAGCUUAGCAAGCUAGCAGCACCACACUCCCCAGCAGAAACCCACCAGGUCUGACCCCGAACACCCGGUCCCCGCAGACACCCGCCAUGGAUUUGAAUAACAUCUUGACGCAGCUCGACACCGCAGACGAGGAGGAGACGGAGGCGCUGCUGCGGAGGUUUAAUCGGGAGAACAUCCAUACCUUCACUUUUGAGCAGAAGGAAGAAGCCCUGCGGAGUAAGCUGUGCCAGCAGGUGCUGACGGUCCUGGGGAGGCAGGUGCAGGCCAGCUGUCAGAAGACAUGCCUGGAGACGCUCCGCAUCCUGUCCAGAGACAAGCGCGUCCUGGCCCCCGUGGCCACCAGGGAGGGCAUGCUCAUCCUGGGACGGAUGGCGAGGCUGCAGACCGGCGAGGAGGAUGGAGACAACCAGAGAAGCUUUCAGGAACAGACACAGUCAGAGGAGGAGGAGAGGGUGGUGGUGGAGGCCUUGAAGUGCCUGUGCAACGUGGUGUACAACAGCCCCGCGGCCCAGAAGGUCAGCGUGGACGUGCGGCUGGCCCACGGUCUGUGCGUCAGCCUGCGCACCGCCCGCACGUGGCGCCACGAGGUGGGCCUGUUCACGCUGCGCCUGCUCUUCCUGCUGUCCGCCCUCCGGCCUGACGUGAGGGGCGUCCUGCGGAGAGAGUGGCACGCCGUCAGACUGCUGACGGAGGUGCUGGAGCACACCCUGGACGUGCGUUGGGUCGGCCCCUAUGAGGCCGCCCGUCCGGACCCACAGGCGCUGCCCAUGCCAGCGGAGGACAAUGAGCGGGCGAUGGAGGCGCUCAAAGCCCUGUUCAACCUGACGCUGUCCGAAGCCGGCGGUGAGGAGGAUGACCACCAGUUCCGGCUGAUCGUCGGCCUCCUGCGUCACCUGCUGAUGUUGAAGACUGAGACGGAGGAGAAAACAGAAGAAGCACACAGCCACGCCGUCAAUCUGCUCAACAACCUGCCUGUGUCCUGCCUGGACGUGCUGAUCGACGUGCCGGUCCAGGGAGGACAAGAGAGCUACGGCGGGAAAAACAUGGAUGCUGUCCAGGUGCUAAUAGACUUCAUGGAGAAAAGAAUUGACAAGCAGGGCUCCAACUUCAAAGAGGGUUUGACUCCCGUACUCAGCCUCCUGACUGAAGGAUCCAGACACCACAGAGAGAUCCGCAGAUAUAUCAAGGCUCAGGUUCUCCCGCCUCUGAAAGAUGUGAAGAUCAGACCAGAAAUUGGCACCACCACCAGAAACAAGCUGGUCCGCCUCAUGACUCACGUUGAUAUGGGCGUGAAGCAGACGGCCGCGGAGUUCCUCUUCGUCCUCUGCAAAGAAAGCGUGGACAACCUGUUGAAGUACACCGGAUACGGAAACGCCGCCGGGCUCCUUGUGGCUCGAGGACUUCUGGCAGGAGGAAGAGGAGAGACUCAGUACUCUGAGGAUGAAGAUUCAGACACAGAGGAGUACAAAUCCGCCAAACCUUUCAUCAACCCCAUCACCGGUCACGUGGAGGAGCCCAUGCCGAACCCCAUCGAGGAGAUGACCGAGGAGCAGAAGGAGUACGAAGCCCAGAAACUCGUCAAUAUGUUCGACAAGCUGUCGAGGCAGAACGUGAUCCGGCCCAUGGGCGUCAGGCCGGACGGGACGUUGGCGCCGCUGGAAGACACCCUCCGCGAACGAUCCGAGUACAACUCGGGGUCGGAGUCGGACUAACCCGCGGCACCUUCCGGGCCACGUUCUCCCAGCCUCGGCUCGCUGGACCCUCCACAACACAUCUGAGGCUGUGUCUCAUUUCAGAAGCUGGGUCUCUGACGCAUUCAGGAAGGUUUGAGUCUGCGCUUCAGUGAGACGCUGGACUGACUGUUGAUAGAUAACGAUCCCAGUCAAGCUUAAAGCAAAAGUCAAACUAAGUAAACAUGUACAUCAGUCAUUAGCUAAUAAAUAGCGGAUCAAUUUUCAUCGUCUGACAAACAUGUUGGUUUGAAAAUUGGCAUUUUAACUUUAUUCUCUCACCUUGUAGUUGCAUUAAUUUGUUUGAAAGUCUGGCCGUGAUGAUGAGCCGCUGUCGCCGAUACCUGAUUUCCUGUGAUAUUCCCUGAUGACCACUUAACUGCCAACUCAUAGUCUGAUCAGUAUCACAUGAAUCGGUGACAGCUCAGCUGACCAGCAUGCGGCGGCGUUCGGGAGACUGACAGCAGUUGAAACCACUUGAAUCUUCACGUCCGUCGAAUCGUCUCAUCGCUCCAGUCCUGAAGUGAGACACAGCUGGGCAUUUCACAGGAGACCCGAGGGGCCGUAAAGCCGUUCACCAACGUGGAGGUGGACGUGAUGUGUGGCGGGAAAGACUGCCGAGGAGCCGUGACGCACUGGAGGCCUCGGCGAUCCUUCUUUAGGUUUAUCGCUCCACGAGUUGAGAAUGUAGAGGCGAUCGUUGAAUAUCUGCUGGAUUGUUUCCUCACACCGAAUCGGUUAAAGUAUAACUGGGUCCGAAUAAUCAUUCCUUCACUCGUGCUUAUUUUCUUUUUUGUUUUGUUUUUGCUAAAUAAAUAAUAUUCACACAAAUAAGCAUACCUUUAAAAUCAUGAGGCGUCAGGAGCGGCGUGUACUUAAAACCGAGGCAGGAUCUUUGUGGUAGUUUAAAGAUGCAGUUCACCGUCUCUGCGUCUGGUUCUGUAGUUUUAUCCUGAAUGUUGCACAAAAAUAUGUACCAAGAAGACUUUCUGAAUUCAGGGCUUGUUGGCUUACUGAUUCUCACAAAAGCUGAUUUUUUUUUUCUUUAUUUAAAACAUUAAGUAGAUGCAACAGUUUUCCUGUGUUGGAUGAUCGUAAACUGAUUGUGUCCGUUUUAGACACUCGAUAAUGAAAUGUGUCAACACUGAUUGUUUUGUAAUCAUUACUUUUUGCCAAAUUUGCAUGUUUUUUUUUUCCAGGUUUUUAAAAGUUACGCUGAUUUUGUAUAAAACUUUCUAUUUGUAAACUGAAGAAAAUGUCUUUUUUUUUGUUGGAGAAGUUUCAUUUCGCGUCACAGUUGGUCACAACUUGAAAAGUUUGGCUCCAAACCAAACAUCUUGCUCUGAUGGAAAGUCACUGAAUGAAUCCUAAAAAAAACAUGUCUGCUGUUUUUUUUUAAUCAGAGAUAAGUGACAAACAGAAGCAGCUGCAACACUCAGACCAACAAGACAUUCAGGGGAUUCACAAACCUUUUAUACUGACGACAUUCAGUGGACAUUAUUUGUGUUUCUCAACUCAUCUAUUUAGCUUUUUUUUUUUUUUUUUUUUUUUUUUUUUUACAUCCUGC